AUGAGGCUGCGUGGAGACAGUCAUUGCACCUACCAGUUCGGCAAACCAGAUGUAAAAUUAACACCCAGUUCGCUGGAACCGAGGCCUUCAGGAAAGCCUUGCCGGCUGCAGGAGAAGAAGCUUCUGAAGGCCCCUGACAGCGAAAAGGAGGCCAGGGGCGACACGCCCAAUGUUUCCUCUCUCUUAACCAGGGGAGUGGAAUACAGCUUGCUGGCCUCAGCCUCCCUGAGCUUGGAGAACACCAAGGAUGGCUUCAACGCCCACAGCCUGACACUCCUGGGAAACGAGGACUCUCCUUCUUGGCUUCCGCUGUAUGGCACCAUGUGCUGCCGCCUGGUUGCCCAGCCGGAUUGCAUGACCCAGGAUGCCAUGUCUGGAUUUCUUCAUGAACAGCCAUCGGGGGGUGUCCAGGGGGAGACCUGGAGGAAGCGAUACUGUGUGCUGAGAGGGGGGCAGCUGCUCGGCUUCUCUGCCCCUGAAGAGAGAGAGGCCGACGCGCAGCCAGCCUUGUCCAUUCCCAUCAACCGGGAAACUCGCAUUCGUCCUGUGGAGAAAGAGGCCGGGGGAAAGGCCAACCUUUUCUCCGUGAUCAACCCUGAGCCCGGCGAGGCCGCAGCUCGGAUUUUCCAAGCAGAAAGCCAGCAGGAUCUUGGCAAGUGGAUGGAAGCUUUCUCGCAGCACUUUUUGGAUUUCAGUCAGUGGAAGCACUGCUGCGAAGAGUUCAUGAAGAUGGAGUCGGGGUCCCCUCAAAAGCCACCCCUGUUCUUGGCCAAAGAAGCCACUUCGGUUUACCAAGAGCUGAGCAUUGAUUCACCGGUGAAGCCCGACCCUUUGGUUGCCAUGGCUCAGCCUGAGGAGGAGGAGGAAGAGGAAAACAGGGCGGCCUUGUUUGUUGGCCCGGAUGAGGGAGACGUGCCCAGCGGUUCUUCCCUGAAGCAGAGCAAGAGCAGCCCCCAAGGAAGCCGGGACGCCAAGGAAACAAGCAAAGGAAGGGAGCCCCCUCCCGGGCCCUAAUCUGGCUCUCCGCAGCACUGUGACCAGAGGGAAGGCUCCAAAUCGCAACCUCCCGCACGCUGGCGCACU